GAUCUCUUUUAUUACUGCAACGAACUUUUGAGUUUUUCUACUAUGCUGUAAAAGUGAUGAAAAACCGCCCACGAUUUUUUCUAAUGGUGCGAGAUAGGCAAAUUUUAUAAAAAUUAGGUUUUGUUUAGACGAAUUUUUUUGUGCGAAUUUUAUCUCAAUUAGAACCGAUUACAUUAGAUUAGAUUUGUGGGGGGUUGGACAAGCCCAAGCACUCAGUCAGUAGAAUUAAAGAAUUAAGAUAGGAAAGAUAAAAAGUGGAUGGUGAGACGGAUAAAUUAGUUUGAGGUCACUCUUCCACAAAUCUGAACUUUAUGAACUUUAUCCAUACUCAUUAUAUCGCAACCCAAUAGCCUAAGUCUGAUUCUGGAAAAUGCAGGACAGUUAUAGAGAAAAUGUUCUGCAGUGUCGUCAUUUUCAAGACAGCAAAGGCAUAUCGGGCUGUCUACGACCUCCAUGGUAGCCAUAUGCUGACCACAGACGUUGUGCCCUAUGAUUACACCCACCAGUACUCUCAGGUCCUUUCUGCUAAGUUUUAGGAGAAAGGUCUCUGUUUUCCUGUUUGGUUCUUUCACAAAGCAUUUGGCUACUCUGCACGAGUUUAACUCAUACCAACGACCUCUGUGGGUAGACCUCAUGAAGUCGUCAACCCAUAGACGAAUCGGUGCCGAAUUGACACCUAGAAAGGGUUCUGGGCCUAGUGGCAUAUUUACAGAGCCUUCAAUUGCCAAUUUAUCAGCUACCUCGUUCCCUGUAAUACCAAAAUGUCCAGGCACCCAAAUAAGACUAACUUUGUUGUAUUUUGCAACACUGCUCAGUUUUGUCUUACAUUCACCGACUAACUUCGAAGAGCAGCGAGGGUUAGCAAGGGCUUUCAGUGCAGCUUGACAGUCACUAUAAAUUCCAAUACUGUUACCCCGCCACUUUUUCUCAAUUAGCCAGUACGCCACAUUCAAGAUAGCAUAGACUUCCGUAAGGAAUACUGUGGUCAUCUGCCCUGUGGCAUAGGAGUACUUAGUGUUUUCGUCUAAGUACUAUCCAGAUCCGCUUCCAUCACUGGUUUUGGAUCCGUCGGUGUAGAAAGUGUGCUGAUAUUCCGUUGAUAGAUUCUUUGGACUUAACCAUUGAUCUCUAUCUGAGAUCAAAACAUCAUACUUCCUACCGAAGCUAACGACAGGCACCCGAUUGUCCACCGGCAUCGAGAAAAGUGUGCACCGCUCCGACAACUGAUGGUAUAUAUGACAGUGGCCAGUGCUUACUUCAUUUCCCCAGACUCCGUUUAACUUGAGCCUGUACGCGGUUUUCAUUGCUUCCUUUCGAAUUUGAAGAUCUAGAGGUUGCAAUUUCAGAAUGGCAUUAAGGGCAUCACCAGAUGUCGUACUCAUGACACUUAUGAUACCCAAGCACACACUUCUCUGUAGCCUGUUUAGGGGUUUUACUCUGGAAUUAACCAUUGUGGCUUUCCACCCUACUACAGAGGCGUAUGUAAUAAUGGGUCUAAUUAUGGUGAUGUACAGCCAGCGUACUAUCGCCGGCCUUAGACCCCAUGUCUUGCCAAAGGUUCUCUUACACUGCCAGAAGACUUUUAAUGUUCGGCAGACCUUCUUAUCGAUGUGCUUCUUCCAGGUAAGCUUACUAUCUAGGAUUACUCCUAAAUAUUUAACCUCAGAAGACAGUUGCAGUGUUACCCCUUUCAAUGUGGGUAGUAAUAUUGCAUAUUGCGUUUCCUAGUAUAAUAACAAUAAAUCACCAAUCGAACUAUUUAAAUUUUCUCCAAAAAAAACUUAGUAGUUGAAAUGUUAAGAUUUACUAUCGCCAAAAUGCCCUUAAAACUAAUCAACGCCUACAUUAGUACUUAGAAACUUAGUUGAUUUAUCUGAAAAAUAGCUAUACACAUAUCUUAGAUUCCAAUUCCAUUUCAUCCAAAUUAGUUUCACAGUGUCGAGACGAACUAGAAUUCCUUGGUUAUUGGCUUCACAUUACUCUGAUAUGAAUUCCCGGACACAGGAAUAUAGAGGGCAAUGAGGAAACAGACGAGUUAGCAAGAAAAGGUUUGGCACUAGGCGUAGCAGAGUUGGUAGCAGUUGUUACUCCAUUCAAUACAAUAAAAACAUCCAUUGCGUCACACUACUAUGUUUUAGCCGAAAGAAGGUGGAAGCAAUUAACUACAUCUACUACAACAAGAAAAACAUGUCGGUCGUACAACAUCCAGAGAACGUAUUACAUGUUAGGAUGCUCUCGCUCAAGUACCUAUUUCACGUAUUACUGCAACCCUUAUAGGUCACUGGAAAGUAGGGGAUUAUGCAGCCAGACUCAAUUAUUCUUUCAAUCCCAUCUGCAGACGAUGUCAGGUGGAGUGGGUGAAAGAAAGUCGUUUCCACUAUUUAUGCGAAUGCUUAGACUUAGCCAGAACAAGAUAUCCCUCUUUCGGUAAACCUCUCCUACAACAAAUUAAUGAAAUCGGGGACAUAGAGAUGUAAUUACGAAAAUUCUCCUGGUACGCUCUUUCUUUUUGGCAAACGAUAUAUUGCAGACAAUUAACUAAAAUCAAGGUGAUUUAAUGCUAGCAAGCUUUGUUGAUCGAAGGAUAGAGUGGUCAGGAUUUCCCGCACAUUGUAAUAAGUUAAAUUUAACUCUUCACUGAUCUCACGUAGACUAGCACGACGGUCAAUGUUCAAAAAUUCACGAACCCGGUUCACAUCUUGGUCUGUUUGCGUCACCGAAGGCCUUCCAGAUCGCUGUUCGUCUUCGACGUCCUCCCGGCCUGCCUUGAACGACUUGUGCCACCGUUUUACCUGGGCACUGGACAGAGAUUGGUCCCCGUAAGCCUUAUUGAGUAGCCCAAUGGUUUCGGUUAGCUUUACGCAAAAUUCGACCGAGUAACGUUGCUCCAACGAUCGUUGCAUUUUCGCCACUGCAAAAUCCUAACACACUUUUAAAACAGUGACAUACAUAUGGGUUGUGUAUCAACACUUUCCGAAUAGCAAGAGAAACUGAAGGAACUGAAGGAAAAUUGAUACAUAUUGAUUCAAAUGAAUAUCAGCGAAAUAUCGGCGUAUUUCAAAUAAUAGGCAUCUGAAGCAUUUCAAAUCAAACCCAAUGGCCAUUAAAAAUCAACACCAAUAAAAUACUUAUUAGUUUAAGAUAACAAGUUUCAGAUUCAAAUUAACAUCCUUAAAAGAGCUCCUCCACAUAAGGGCUCAGAAUACUUCGCUAAUUGCGUUGCGGCCGCCUAGAUCGCGAAAUGUACCGCAACAAAGUGGGCGGAAGUGCUAUACUUUUGGCCAUGUUGGCCAUUAUUGUGUCCUGCCAAGCGGCAACACACGGCUCUGGUAUAUCGCCUCGAUAUGAUAAGUAUCUUGCCGCACAUUUCAUACCUACAAAAACUGUUGCUUUGAGUGAGUCAGAGGCCGAUUUGAAUUAUCGGCUGCCAAACACCACCGAACCACUGCACUAUGCCGUUGAACUGACAACGAAUGUGCACAAUGGCACGAAGAGAUUCACAGGCACUGUAAAAAUUCUAUUAGAAGUUAUCGACAACACAAAUACCAUAGUUUUGUAUGAACGUCAAUUGUCAGAAAUCAAAGCAACCAUUACAAACGCAAACUGCACGGAUCGUGUGGUAGAACAGCUAAGCACCUCGUAUGAGGAAGCACGUGAAUUUCUUAGUCUAACACCAACAAAUGAUUCACUCAUCUUUAGCAAAGGCACCUUUUGGGUUUUGACCAUCACCUAUGCUGGAGAAUUGCGUGUCGAUAAUUUGGGAUUUUACUUGUCCACCUAUACAGAUGAAAACGACAACACACAUUAUUUAGCAACGACACAAUUUGAGUCGAUCAAUGCUCGAUAUGCAUUCCCCUGCUACGAUGAACCGGCCAAGCGUGCUACAUUCACAAUCACUAUUAACCAUGAUCCCUCAUACAGUGCCAUAUCAAAUAUGCCUCUGGACGAAGAGAUGAGCAGACCUGGAUAUUCUGUCUUCCAAAAGACUCCUAGUAUGUCAACUUAUUUAGUAGCGUUUGUUGUGUCCGAUUUCGAAUAUACUGAAGGAGUGUUGAACUCGAUUCCACAAAGAGUCUACACCCGUCCAGGUACAAAGCAGAAUCAGCAAUGGGCAUUGGUUUCCGGAAUGUUGUUUCUGCAAAGCCUUGCUGAAUACUACAAUUUCGAUUUCGUACUGCCGAAACUCUAUCAAGUAGGUGUACCAGAUUUGUUUUUUGACGGAAUGGAAAACUGGGGCUUAGUUACGUAUCGAGAGCAGUACAUGCUGUAUAACAAGACAUCGACAAUAUUUGAGAAAACAGAUAGUGCCAAUGUCAUUGCCCACGAAUACUGCCAUCAAUGGUUUGGUAACUUAGUAACUCUCAAAUGGUGGACGUAUCUUUGGCUGAAAGAAGGUUUUGCUAACUUAUUCGCUUGGAAGACGAUAGAUGCAACAUAUCCUGAAUGGGACGUCUAUCAGAUGUUCCUUAUCGACGACUUUCAAGCUGCACUCGCUGCAGAUGGCUCAGGCCAAGCAAAUCCAAUGACGCAUUACGUGCAAACUCCAUCCGAGAUCUCUGCACGAUACGAUUCUAUUUCGUAUUCGAAAGCAGCCUCGGUACUGUAUAUGUGGCAGUGUGUGCUGACCGACGAGGUGUUCCGCCAAGGACUAAAUCUUUAUUUGACUACAAAUCAGUAUACUGCUGCUGACGAGUGGCAACUUUUCGACGCUCUUAGUAAUGCUGCUGAUGCACAAAACGUGUCACUUCCUGCGACUAUGGCGGAUAUGUUCUCAAGUUGGUCUCAACAAUCCGGUUACCCUCUACUCACCGUUACACGUAAUUACAACAAUAACACAUUCACCAUAACCCAAGAUGCUUUCUUUCCAAACAAAAAUCUAACAUCUGACAAAACUUGGUACAUCCCCUUGAAUUAUGCCCACAAAUCAAAUCCAGACUACCGUAACACCACCGCAUCGCAUUUUAUGCUCAAAACGAAAGAAAUCGAAAUCAGCGAUAAUAGUCUAGCAGCUGAUGAUUGGUUGAUUCUCAAUAAACAAUCGACCGGUUUCUAUCGCAUCAAUUACGAUGAACAAAACUGGAAUCUUAUCAUUGAUGAGCUGAAAUCACGACCAUACAAAUUCCAUUCACGCAAUCGUGCUCAACUAAUUAACGACCUCUACCAGUACACUUCUACAGAUCGCAUCGACUACAGCAUGCUAUUUAAUUUAUUGCAAUAUCUGCCGAACGAGGAUCAGUACGCACCUUGGGCUACGAGCUACCCUGUAAUCGUUACAUUGAAAGUGUAUCUGAAUAGUGAUAAAGAAUACAAAAAUUUCUUACUCUACGUAGCCUCAUUAGUGACAGGACAUUUUGAGAAGUUGGGUAUGAAUGAUGUAUCUGGAGCACAGCGUCUUACUGUGCAAGUGCGUAACAUCGUCAUUGAACUCGCUUGCUUGUCAGGAAUUGAGAGCUGUCUGACGGAGACGAGUAACAAAUUAAAGGAAAUAGUGAACAAUGGUAUCACCAUCGAACCAAGCUUACGAUGGAAUGUAUACUGUUACGGUCUACGUCAGUCCGGUGAUACAGAAUUCGAUUUUGUCUAUAACCAAAUAUUGCAAUCCCGUGAUCAAGCGUUUCGUGACUCACUCAUCUCUACAUUGGGUUGUUCGCAAACCGAGUCGCAACUACAAAAAUUUGUGAGUAGCUCAAUCAAUAUGUCCGUCGAUUGGCGAUCACAAGAGCGCAUCACUUUACUCGGUGCAGCGUUUUCGAGCAGCAGUGUUGGACUCUUAGUGUGCAUUGAAUUUCUCAACGAAAAUUGGGAGGCAUACAGUAAUUUGAAUCCCGAUAGCAGCGGACUCAACCCAGUUUAUCAAACAGUGGCUGACAUGUCCGCCUACAUAUUUAACAAUGAACAAGAAACCAAAUAUUUGGUGUUACUGGAUAAGGUAAAGGGCAGCGAUAAGGUGCCAAACGAUUUGGAGACUAUCGCCAAAGCAAAUAUUCAAUCUAAUUUUAACUGGUUGAAUAAAAAUCGUGAUCCGAUUAUGUUGUGGAUGAAAAAGUUCGCUCAGGGUGGCAGUGCUGCACUCUAAGGCGGACUUUAAGGCGAACAUUGAAACUAAUUUUAACUGAUUGGGUAAAAGGUGGAAGUUUGGUGAGAUAUCGGUAUUAAUGAAUAUAUAAUAUAAUAUAAGUAGUAAAUGAAGCAGGGCUGCUGGUAUUCCCAUAGUUCUUUAAACCAUAUGAAAUCGAUAAAUGUAUGUAAUUUGCACUAUAAGUA